AUGCCGCUUUUGAUUCACAUAAUAUUCAUCGUGCCGCUGGUGUUUAUUGCAUAUUACGCCUGCCGACUGAGAUGUUUCAGGAACAUGAUGUGGAAGUACCCGGGAUUCUUUUCUUUCGGCUUAAUGUCACAUAAGGGCCCAUCGGAGAGAUUGAAGAACGAACUGAAGUACACAUUCACGUUAAUCGGGAAAGGCAGCGACAAGGAAGCCAAAUCGCGAACGGUAAAGAUAACUGGAUCGGAUCCCGCUUACAAAACUACGGCAGCGGCUGCCUUGUUUUCAGCAGUCACCAUCUUAUUAGAGAGGUCAAAGACGCCAAAAGGAGGCGUUUUGAUGCCUGAAUGUGUUUUCCACGAUACCGACAUCGUGGAACGUUUAAAAAGCAAUGGAAUACACUACGAAAUCGUCGAUAGUGAGACAAGUGUCGACUCGACGGGAAAGAUUGUAAAUAGC